CGGCACACCGGCACAUAACCAGCAACCAGUCGACUAGUGCACCGAGUGGUCGCAUCUUGGAUUGUCCCACUUCACUUGAAUUUCACUCCUUCUGGUUUAUAUCUACCCAAAGGAUUUAAAAAAAAAAAUCAAAACCAGGAGGACGACAGCACACUAAAAAGGUAACAUUUAAACAGAGCCUGUUUGUCAACUUGUCAUUGUGGUACAAACAUGACUGAGGUGGCGCAGGUUGUGGCUGCAGUCGCCCACGACGUGGAUGAGGUAGAAAAUGAAAAUGAACACAACAUGAGUGACACAGAAAACAAGGACGUUGAUGUGACACAUGAGAAAGAGGAUGUGGCAGACAAUGAAAAGGUUGCAGCUGAGGAGGAAAGUGAGAAGACAUCACACACAGAAGACAAAAAGCCUUGCCAGAAGACUGAUGAAGCAAGCAACGAGGCUGACAAGACAUACAUGAACGGUGUGGAACACAAAGAAGAUGACACAGCCAAUGAUGAUGAAAAUGAAAAAUCAGCAGCUGUUAAUGGUGUAGGAAAGGACACAGAGGACAAGGAGAAUGCACAACCUGACACAAAUGAUGACCCGAGUAUUUCUGAAUUGGAGCUUAAAAAAGAGAAACUCCUCAGAUCCAGAAAGCCGGUGGCCAGAAGCUAUGUGCCCAGUGUGAACAAAGGGAAGGGGGACGUGACUGGCAAGUUUGAGGCCAUGCAGAGGGCCAGGGAUGAGCGCAGCCGGCAGAGGAACAAGGAGGAGCAGGAAAAGAGGAGGGAGCAAUACAUCAAGGAGAGAGAGUGGAAUCGCAGGAAGCAGCAGAUAAAAGAACUUCUCGCUUCCAGUGAUGAGGAAGAAGAUGUGAAGCCAGCGAAAGUAGAAAAAUCCUACGUCCCCAAAAUCACAGGUAGUGUGAAGGGGAAGUUUGCAGAAAUGGAAAAACAAAGACAAGAGGUGGAAAGGAAGAGGAUGGAAAGUGAGAGGAAGAAGAGGGAGGCCCAGGACAAGAUGGAAAAAGACAAAAUUAAGAAAGAAUUGGCUAAGAAAGCAGCUGAGGAAGGAGAUGACACAAUCCUGGUACGAGUGGUUCCAGCAAAGUCAUCUCGACCUCCGGGCAAAAUCAAGAUGAACUUUGAGGACAUGGAGAAGAAUCGAGAGGAGGAAUUGCAGAAGAAGGCUGAGGAGGAAAAGAAGAGACGAUACGAUGAAAACAGACGCUCCUUCAGGGAGGCCAAGCGACGCUCUAUUGUUCCAGAGGAUGAAGACGAGAAGGUGUCAGAGAAGGUGCAGGUAACUCCUGGAAAGCUGAAGAUGACAUUUGAGGAGCUGGAGAAGGAAAGGCAGGAGCAGAAAAAGAAGCAGGCUGAGGAGGAAGCCAAACGUCGCCUGUUAGACGAGAAGAAAGCUUUUGAGGAGGCCAGGCUGGGAAUGGGAGAUGAUGAGGAAGACAUUCAGCCGGCUCAGGAAGACAAGGAGGAGUUCCGACCUGGAAAACUGAGGUUGAGUUUUGAAGAGCUGGAGAGGCAAAGGGUAGAAGAUGAGCGCAAGAAAGCAGAGGGGGAGGCCAAGAGACGGAUGCAGGAGGAGAGAAGAGCUUUUGCUGAAGCCAGGAAGAGCAUGCUUGUGGAAGAGGAUGACGAGGCUCUGAUGGCCUUGCUGAACUUGGAGGGCAGUAAGCCUGGAAAGCUGUGUGCCAGUUUUGAGGAGCUGGAACGCCAGAGAAGAGAGGAGGAGCAGAAGAAGGCAGAGGAGGAGGCCAAGAAGAGACUGGAAGAGGAGAAGAGGCUCUUUGCUGAGGCCCGCAAGAGCAUGAGCCCUGGUCUGGAUCAGGAAAACUCUGCAUAUGGAGAUGAAACAGCACUAGAUGAGGAGGGAGAGUUGGUGAAGACUGAAUCUCAGGAAGCACUGAACCCGGGAAAACUGGAGAUCAACUUUGAGGAGCUGCUGAAACAGAAGGAGGAGGCUGAAAGGAGACGCAAGGCGGAGGAGCGCAAAAUGAAAAUGGAGCAGGAGAAGCAGGAGUUUGAACAACUCAGACAAGAGAUGGGCGAGGAUGAAGUGAAUGAAAGCUCGGAUGUUGUGAGCGCAGAGUAUGAAGAGCUGACUAAACUCAAGAGGACUGGCUCCAUCCAGGCCAAGGACCUCAAGUCCAAGUUUGAGAAAAUUAAGCAGCUGACUGAAGAGGAAAUUCAGAAAAAGAUUGAGAUGGAGAGAGCACGGAGAAAGGCCAUUGAUGAUGAAAUUAAAGAGAGAGAAGCUGAGCGGUGCCAGGGGGAGGAUGAGGAAGGUGAAACGACACCAGUGAGGGCUGAGGAGUCACCAUUCAAACAGAAGGUUGAUAUGAGAGCCCGAUUUGAACAAAUGGCCAAAGCCCGAGAAGAGGAGGAGAGGAGGAGGAUAGAGGAGCAGAAGCUGCAGAGAAUGCAGUUUGAACAGCAAGAGAUUGAUGCUGCACUGCAAAAAAAAAAGGAAGAUGAUGGUGAGGAGGAGGGAAGCAUCAUCAACGGCUCUGCGGCCUAUGAGGAUGAGGAGGAUCAUGCCAGAUCGGGUGCUCCAUGGUUUAAAAAACCUCUUAAAAAUCAAUCAGUGGUAGACACGGAGCCAGUUCGGUUCACCGUUAAGAUCACUGGGGAGCCCAAGCCGGAGGUGACCUGGUGGUUUGAGGGAGAGAUGCUCCAGGACUGUGAGGACUAUCAGUAUAUAGAGAGAGGAGAGACGUACUGCCUCUACCUGCCGGAGACCUUCCCAGAGGAUGAAGGAGAGUACAUGUGCAAGGCUGUGAACAGCAGAGGCACAGCAGCAAGUACCUGCAUCCUCACAAUAGAAACUUAUGACUACUGAUGCCCUUCCAUGUUCUGGAAACUUUCCCCGUUGUCCCUCACUCCUUUUGUAAAUCUUCAUCCCUCACAGUAUGGUCAACAGAGGGAAGAAAAUAGCAGUAUGCUUGGCAUUCCUAAGGGAGGGAUACACAACACACACACAGGAAAAAAAAAUGCAACAUGUUGUUUACGUAUUGCUCGAUUGUAAAGCUGCACUCCCUGUUAGAGUAGGAUAUUACCUGUGCCAAAAUACAAACAUGAUUUUUGUUCCCAUGCCAAGGGUUGCACAAAACUUCAAAACUAUCUUUGUCGUAAGGCCCCAACAAUAUUUGUAAUACCAGCAAUUUUAAGUAUCAUAGUACUGUAUUGUAUAUAUCACACUUUAUGGUCCACACAUGGCAAACAUGCUUGAGCUAUUGAAAUGUAAAAAAUAAAAUCUCCUUGUGUACUAAUUUUAAAGAACAUAAUACAGAAUAUCAGUAAAACAUCUUAAAUACUACUGCUCAACAACUGCAUCACUAUUAAUCAGCAUGUAGUUGUGUGUACUCUUCACCAUACUAGUAAAUGGUAUUGUGAUACUUGACUGGUAUUAUAUUGAGUUAGUCAUCACUUAAUUGGAAAACCACAGUGAUGGGUCUGUUGACACUGAAAUGCCAGUGGCAUAUUUUAGGAACAAAACCAUCUAAAAUCACAUGUACAUCCUGAUUUUUAAUGAAACUAUUCAAGUCCAGAUAAAGUGUUUUUUUUAAUUGCAGCAUCUAAAAAAAAUAAUGUUGAUUUUUCAUGUACCAACCCCCCUUUUUUGUUUUGAGUUAAAUGUAAUACUCUUGAUACAGUUGUUGUAAUUCAGUUGUGCUGGACAGUAGGUAACCGUUUUAUGGUUUGAUAAUGAAACAAAAAAACAUAGGCUAGCCUAAAUAUUUGUCAUAUAUUAUAAAUUAAAAUGUUUUAAUAAAAUGAACA